GCUCAUUGUAAUAGCAGGCGACCAAUAUUCUACAGUAAAAUAAAUAUAAUGCAAACGAAUUGACUAUAUUAAAGAGAAUUGGAAGUGCCAAAAGAACAAGAGAACAUGAAAGAAAUUCAAGAAGUUUAAAAAUGCUUUAAAUUAAAAUUUUUUUUGUUUUGGUGGAGGUUUCUGAGAGAAUGUUUCACCUUGUUGUCGAAGAAGAAGUAUGUUAUGCUAUUUUCUUCAGGUAGAUGGAAGCUACAUUGCUCAGCAAACAGAAUGAAUGUCAUUAACUUAUCAUCAAAGACAAAAAAAAGUAUAACGGUAUUAAAAUUUGCAUGCAUGAAUCCGACUAGCCCUAAUGAUAACCUAAAAUAAUCGCAAUAUGACCAAAACCUUUCACCAAUUUCUUCCGAUAAGAGAGAAAUUUUCUAUUUUUCAAAAAAUUCAUCUUCUAACUCUUCCUGAGCUGCGUGUUUCUUUUGUACGGGUAUGUUGUUGGAACCAGAAGGCCCAAGAUUUUGCGUUUUACCAGACAAGAGACGCUCUUCCAUUUCACGCCAAAUUUUCUUCCUUGUCUCUUCAGUAGAAUCAGCAGUUCCUUCAGCGUAUAAGGAAACAUAUUUGACGAGAGGUGGAUAUGCCUAAUAAUUCCAUGAUUAGCAUCAGUCAAUAAAACUCCUUUGUAUUGACGGCUGUCUUACCUUGAUAUACAAAAGAUCAACUUUAUAUUUGUGUAAUUGUUCCUUCAUCUUUUCUUUUUCAGAAACAUCGAUGGAGGGAUCUAGUAAACGCUUUUCCAAUUGUUUUAUAUGUCUUUCAGCCUUUUUGCGUUCUUGGAUAAGUGUCAAUAUAGCAGCUAUUAUCACCUUUUCACGUACCGAAAAAUCGUAUUUUCUUAUAUCUUUCGUAAUACUUUAUCUUUUUAUGUUCCAAUUGAACACCCUGAAGCUGAUCUUGCAAAGCAGCCAAGGCACGUUCAUGCUCUACUCGAACAUUCGCAGGUAAAUUUUCCUGUCGAAAUUAUCAUUAGCAUCAACAUUUAUAUAUACAAAGUCAACACCCUCAUAAAUGGUUCUUGAAAUGGCCCAAGCAAUCAUUGUAUAAGAAAAGUUUGGUUCUUACCUUCUUCAGCAAACGUUCAUUAUCACGAAUUUUUUUCUUUACAAUAGCAAGCCCUGGUCCCUUGAUUUUUCCCAUACUUAUUCGCUUCUUGUAUAAGCUCUACUCCCUUUUGACUCGUUUUGGAAAAUCAAGAAGUCCUGUAAUAACUAGUUUUCACUGCUAUUUUCAUCUCCGGGUAACGUUGUCACUUGUAAUGUUUACAGAGUAAGAGACAUUGGAAUGUAAGAACUGCCAAGAAGGAAGCGAAAAAGGAGUAGUAUUAUUCAGAGGUUUCUAGAAGUGUAAAGUACGAAUUGGGCGUGUACUCGUACCUUGUCUUUUUCUUUGUUUACAGUGGAGUGCUAUCAGAGUUGUCAACCACAAUUGGGACCUUCCCGACUUCGCUUGAACUUUCGGAUUUCAAAUCCUUCAAAACUAGAAGCAUUUUUUUGAUAUUCCUUUGAAAAGAAAGCAAUAAGAUGGCGUUCAGUACUUUGGUGUGAUAUUACGUAUAGUAUGAUAUCGCACUAAAAUCCCAAUAUCGUAUAAUGUACACUGUGAGAAGAAACAGGCUUUACAGUCCCACUUUGUUUUAAUAUUUUUGUAUUUAUCCUUAAUUUGAAUUAAAAGUGAAGUCGGUUGAUGGAGCUUAGCGUUUGAUGCAAACUUCCGUAGAAAACUCUUGGACCUUUUCCCUAAUUUCAACAUUCAACUUGUAUACGAGGCCAUUUAUAUAUUUACAAAAUUAAAUUAUGCAACAAACAACAUAAAUAUAAAAAGUUUUGAUCACAAGUAGUGGAAUUAAUUAUUCAUUUGUUGUGAGCACAUUACAUCCUUCAUCACAAAUGGCACUAUAAAGAGACAAAGAAAUAUCAAGAAAGUCAAAGCUUGUAAGUGGAUCUUUUAGAGACAGAAAAGUCCUAUCAAUAAUGUUACAAAGAAGUAAAAAGAAAAAUGGGUUUUAUUUUUGGGUUAAUGAAGAGGCCGAUGAAAUUCGAUACGUUUCGCUGAAAACGACUCCUAAACUACGUUGGAAAACACAUUCUUUUUGGAAGUCGCAAAAGGGGAUUAAAUGUUUGGAUUCAUUUCCAGGAAGCAGUGAGAUAUUGGGCGCUGGCUCCUCGACUGGUAAUUUAUCAUUACUCUCUGAAAAAUAUCCAGAAUUCUCUGCCGUAGUCACCCCAAAGUAUCCGAGAGCCUGUAAAAGCUUAUCAUUUUCCGAUUCCGGGAGCCUUGCGGCUUCCUACGCAAAAUCCAAAAAUGAUUUAUCGUUAAAAAUUUGGGAUGUACGAAGUUUACUACAUAAUCCAAACCAGCAACCCGGUCUUCAAGGGUUUCCCAUGGAAGGGAUUGUUUCCGUUUGUUUUGAUAAGAAUCCUUCUUUGCUAUUCGCGGGUUCAAGUACUCGUUCGAUUUAUAUUGUGGAUACUCGCAAACAAUUAGAAGCUGAAUCCUCAAUUGAAACUCCAUGCUUCAAUAAUAUUACGAUAGAUGCAGUCUCAGGAAAUUAUUUUGCUGCCAAUUCUUAUGAUGGAUAUAUUGCUGUUUAUGAUCGCCGAUUUCUGGUUCCUGGUGCUAAUCCUCUGAUAAUGGAGCUGAACCCGAAUCCAGGUGAAAAAAACAAGAAUUCUUACUUUCAAACAAGAUUUUCUAAUGAAAAGUGUGGUCAGAUCUCUUGUCUCUCUAAUAAUUCAAUUUCUGUACGGCAACUAUCUCCUUGCCGUGUUCAAGAUGACUCAAAUAGUGAUGAACCUGAAUUAGAAAGCUCUUUAUUACUUACUUUUGAGAAGUUUAUCAACAUGAAAGAUAGUACAACAUGUUCAGGGUUUGACUACUAUAAUUCAUCCUCGUCUAGUUCCCCUCAAAUACUCGCUGUUGUUGAUUCUUCGCCAAAACUUUUCUCCCUACAUAACGAAGUUCUUCCUACAUCAUUUAGUGCAAAAAACGAGCUAAUCUCAUCAUACAAAGAAAAACUUUAUCCAUUAGAUACUCCCUAUUCAGACGUUCAGUCGGCUGAAAUUGGGGAAGAUCAUAAAGAAGAUAUUGAGUUUUCUGAAACGAGUUCUUAUUCGUCUACAAAUAUAGAAAACAGUUUGGAAAAAAUAUCAAUAAUAUCUGAAGAGUCAUCUCAAAGCGAUGAUCUGCUACCUCCUUAUAGAGUUCUAAGGACUGAUAUAUCAACUAUUAUGCUAGAGAGAACGCAACAGGGUUAUCGUUUCGACUGUUCAAAAAAUUACGAUAUUGUUUCCGAUUUUUAUUUAAAAGAUGUCUGGAAAUGGGUUGAACUGUCCCACUCUUUAUACAGCGAUGGACGUUAUAAUUGCUGGAACGAUAUUGAUUUAACAUAUCAAGGAGCUCUUGGCAUUUGGUUUAUGGACACAGAAUUAACCAAUAUUGCUGACGUUUUUGACGCGAAACACAGUAGACUUUUUGAAAAGAAGUUUUUAACAGCCGCUGAAACUAUUAUUUCAAAUUUUGAUUUGGACAUAUUAACACCCAUACCUACGAAACGGCCCUUACGACAACUGGUUCUAUUGGCUUGCGGGCUUGGAUAUACAAAAAUAAAUUUGCAUCAAGAAAUAGAUUCCUUGAUUGGUAGAAAUGAGCAUGUAAAAGCUGCUGGUUUAGCUCUCUUUCAUGGAAAAAUUGAAAACGUGGUUCGAAUAUUGGCUAUGGGAAAUGAAUUAGAAAAAACUAUUUCCACGGCUGUAGCGGGGUACAUUACUUCGCAGGGCUUAAAUCAACUCGGAAGCGAUUCGCUUUGGAAGGAAAUGUCUCGUAAUUUAAGUACAGAACUGGAAGACCCAUAUCUUCGUGCUAUCUUUGCAUAUGUUAGCAAUUCCGAUUGGAGAGACGUGCUUGAUGAAGUGUCUCUUUCUCUUAGAGAUAGACUAGGGAUAGCUCUCAGAUUUUUGCCGGAUGAAGAUUUGAGUAAUUACUUGGAAGAUCUGUGCCGUACUACGGUUCAGUCAGGGGAUCCGGAAGGACUGAUAUUGACAGGGUUAACACCUUUAGGUAUUGAGUUAUUACAAAAUUUUGUCAACCAUUCGAAUGAUGUUCAAACGGCAGCUUUAUUAGUGUCUUAUGUUGUACCGAAGAAGUUUACCGAUUGGAGAGCAGAUGGUUGGAUUGAUAGUUACAGGGAAUUAUUUAAUCGGUGGAGACUCUACCGCGAACGAGUCAAGUUUGAUUUAGGAAGAAGUGAACUCUCUCGUGAUAAAAACGGUCAUGUAAUGCAGACAUCACCGAAACCAUCACUUUAUAUCAGUUGCAAUUACUGCAAAAAGUCUCUUUUAAGCCUAAACGAAGAUUAUCCUAAGUCUGAUCAAACUGUCGCUUCUACGCUUACGAAAACUAGAAAGCUUGCAAGUCAAAAGCAAUCCGGCCAUACCUGUCCACAUUGCCGUCAACCUUUCCCAAAGUGUUCUGUCUGUGGAUUGUCUUUGAGUGAUCAAAAUGUCCCACAAAAUAAUGUUAAUAAUAUUACCAGUCAAAACCCAAAAGACAGAGAACGAAAAAGAAAUUAUGGACGUUGGUUCUCAUUUUGUCUUCGAUGUUAUCAUGGCACACAUGCUGCACAUGCUUCAGAAUGGUUUAUGAGGCACAGCGUUUGCCCAGUUCCUGACUGCGAUUGUAAUUGUGCUUUAUCUUAAUUAAUGAAGGAUGAAAUAUAAUUACAAUGUUAUAACUGCUGACCUUACCAAUCAUGUUUUACGACCAAUUUUUUGCUAUCUAGUUUUUGCAUUUAAUUAAUAAAAAAUUAUUACGAUGAUGGAGAAGUCUUUGGAUUUCCAACGAAGAACUAAAUAAUCUGUCGAAUUGUUCAGUAACAA